AUGUCUACCCAAGAAACUCCAACUACGCCUAUUAAAGACUUGGAGGAUAUUACCCUUACAGACCUUAAAGAUAACUCCACGUUCAAGGCUAGUACUCUUUGGCAAGAUAGCCCUGCUCUGGUUCUAUUAUGUCGCGAGGAAGCUAUAAAAGUUGCCUCAUAUCGAGACCUUAUAUCAGAUAAACUUGGAGUUAAAAUGGUUGCAAUUGUGCAUGAGAACCUAGAUAAUGAAAUUGAAGAGUUUAAUAAAGGAUAUUGGAAUGGCCUCCUAUAUUUUGAUAAAGAGAAAUCGUUCUUCUCUCAUAUUGGAGGCGGUCAAAUACAAUAUGGAGGAAUUAUGAGUUUUUUAAAACCUUCUGUAUGGUUUAAUAUAAGACAAAGCAUGAAAACUGGUGUUACCGGAAAUUUUAAAGGGGAUGGUUAUGUUUUAGGUGGUUUAUAUAUUAUUCGUCAAGGUUCGGGAGGUGUAGAAUAUCAAUACCGAGAAAAGGUCUGGGGAGAUCAUGCUCCUUUCGACCAAGUCUUAACUGCCGUGAAAAAUGUUUCUGCAAAGAAAGAUGAACCUGAUGUUAAGGCUGCUUUUCAGGAAACUUUGGAUAAAGUAAAGAAAGGUGAAAUAGUGUUUGAUAGUGUUCUUAAAGAUAAUUCUGGAGCCAGUUGUACGGUUAAAGGACCAUGUGCUUAA